AUGAAAGAGCUUUUUGAAAGAAAUAAAAGAAAAAAUAAAGAAAAAGAAGUGAAAAAAGAAGAAGAUAGAAGUAUAAAAAAUGAAAAGGACAAAAAAGAAGAGAAAAAAAAGGAAAAUAAAGAAGGUCAAAAUGAAAAUAUAAAAACAAGAGAAAAUGAAAUAAAUAAAAAAAAAAAUGUGAUAAAUUUUUUAAAUAAUGAAAAACCUAGGGAAAAUAAAAAUAUUCAUUAUAGAAAUUUUGUUUUAGAUGAUAUAUCAGAUGAUUACAUAGAAAAGAAAGAGAAAAUAAUUCAUGAUCAUUUGGGGCAUGUUAAAAGAAAAAAAAAUAGUGAAACAAGAAAAAAUGAACAUAUGUAUAAAAAUAAAUAUAAUGAUAGUAAAUAUAAUCAAAUAACAGGAUUAAAUUUAACAAAUUAUUUAUUAGUACCUGAUGAAAUAAGACAUAAAUAUACAAAAUCAUAUUUAUUUCAAAUAUCAAAAAGAUUACUAGUUAUGAAAAAACCGUGGAGGUUGCCAAAAAAUGUUGAACUACAAAUUAAUAAUGUAUAUCAUUUAUCUAAUUAUAUAAAAGUAUUAGAGAGAAUAUCAAGUGAAUAUUUAAAUGAUCCACCAAUAAAUUAUUAUUAUAGAGGAUUAGAAUUAUAUAAUAAAAAUGUGUUUGCAAAUAUAGAUUAUUUAUUAAAAAAAGUGGAUAUAAAAAAAAAUCAAAAAAAUGUGAAUUACAAAAAUUUAAUAAAAAUAAAUGAAUGCUAUUACGAUUUGAGUACAUUUGGUAAAUCACCUAAUGCUAUGUUUUAUCAGUCAUAUGUUAUAUGGGACAUCCACGGUAAUAAUUUAACCUUAGAGGAAGAAUAUGGAAAUUUUUUCGAUUCGCAAAUUAUUGAUUAUGCUUUUGGUGAAAAAGAAUAUCCAAAUUUAAAGUACAUUAUAAGUAUUUGCAGUUCUAUAUUAUUGUGGCUUAAUUUCAAUAAAAAAGAUAAUUUUGCUAUUAUAAAUUAUCAUAAAACUAGCUCAUUUAUUUUACUAAUUUUUUCUUGUGUUAUGUUAUCUUUAGAUAAUUCAUUAACAUUAGAUCAAAUUCAAGAAAUCUUAUAUAAAUCAUCUAAAAUAUACAAUGAUGAAGAUGAUGAAGGAGCAUAUACUCAUACUGAUUCAUCUUCUACUUAUUUCAUAAAUAAAUAUGAAAAUAAUUCUAUUUACAAAAAAUCUGAUGACAUGUUUAAUAUAUUACAUAAAAAGUAUGAUGAAAUAAAUUACAGUGGUUUUUCUAAUUAUAAUAAUAGUAAUUAUUUUUCAAAUAUAGAUUUUAAUAAAAAAAGAGAUGUUUCUGAAUCAAAUGAAAUUUAUAAUUUUAAUAAUUAUAGUAAUUUAGAGGAUACUAAUUUUAUAAAUAAUUUAAAUAAAAAAGAAAGUCAUGAUUCUAAAGAUAAAUAUAAUGAGGAAAACAUUGAAGGUACCAACAAAAUUCAAUACCACACUUUAAAUUUAAAUAGCAAAAGUGGAAUGUAUGAUAAUGAAUUAGAUAAUUCUAAAAAUAAAAAAAAAACAAAGUUUUCAAAUUCGUGGGGAUUUGGAUUAAUAAAUAGAGAAACAUACAAAAAUAGUAUGAGAGUAAAAGAUCAUCAUUUUUGGAUAUCUUUUGAUUAUUGGAAACCAUCUCAUAAAAGAUAUUUUUUUUAUUUUAAUGAUAUAAUAAAAAAUAAGAAUAAGAAAAUUGAAAAUAACACUUUUAGAUUAAAUAGCAUGAUUUUUACUGAUUAUGCCUUGUGUUCUGUUUCAAUUGAAGUUUAUGAAAUUAUUUAUAAGGAUAAAGAAGAUUUUAACUUAGAUUUUUUUUCAGAUCAUGAAUCAGAAGAAUAUACAGAAGAAUGUUCAUAUGAUGAAGAAUCAAUAGACGAUACAUCAGAAGGAUCACAAGAAUUUGAAUCGGAUGAUUCAAAGGAAAUAAAAUCAGAAUUAGAUGAAAAAGAUGAAAAUCGUGAAUGCAAAAAUGAUUAUAGAAAUGUGUCUGAUUGCAUUUUUAAAGAAGAUAAUGAAAAAAAUAUUUUGGAUUCAAAAAAAAAGUGUAUAAAUUUACAAAAAAAUAAUUUGGAUGGAAAUAUCACUUUAAAAAGAAAUGAUCAUUUUCAUAAAAAUAAUAUGAUAUAUAAAAAAAUGUUUAGUUGUGAUAUUCCACAUUACUCAGAAAAUAGUAAUUCAAACAAUGCAAAAAUAAAUUAUGCAUCUAGUAUGUAUUAUGAUUUGCCAAAUUCUAAAGAAAAAGAGAAUAAGGGUUUAUCAGAUAAAACAUAUAAAAAAGGAUUUAAUUCCUUAAAAAAUAAAUUGUUAAGAACAUCUUCUCACUAUAAUUUAAAGAACUAUUAUAAUGUAUAUUAUGAAAAUUCUGCAGGAGAAUCAUCUAAUUAUAGAAAUAAAACUUCUGAUAAGUAUUCAAGAAUAGAAUCGGAAGAAAGUAAAAAAAUUAAUACAGUUGAUUCAUCGAAAAGUCGUAGUUUUCAUUUAACAAAUAAAAUGAAAAAAAUAGCUAAUGCCUUUUCAACUCGCAGAAACUUUUCUAACUGUACUUCCAAAGAGAGCUCAAUAUAUGCGUCUGAAUUGAAAAAUGAACAUAUGCAUGGAGUUAGUGAAAUAAGAGGAAACAAAAUAGCAAAUGGAAGUUUUAUUAAAAGAAAAAAGUGUGAUUCCUUUAAAGAAAAUAAAUAUGAUUCUUUUUCUACGGGUGAAUCUAUAAAUUCUAGUAAAAAAAUAAACAUCAAUAGCUUAUUAAAAAAUGGAAAAGUAAUAGUUGAAGAAAAAAAGAAUAAAACAAAGAAUAAAAAAAAGAAUAAAAAAAAAUACGGUUUUUUAAAAAAAAAUAGGAAAAAGAAGAAAUCAGAAGAUAAAAUAAAAUCAUCUUCUAAAUAUGGUUAUGAAUACUUUUUAAAAUGUAAUAACUUAAAUUGCAAUAUCGUAUCAUCAUAUGAAAAAAAUAAAAAAAAAUAUGUAACUAUUGAUUUUACUCAUGAUGCAGAAGGUAAUCCUAAAGAACAUAUCAUAUGUGGAGAUAUUCUGAUACUAAUUGGUAAUAAGCAUGUAGAUAAAUUUAAUAAAGGGUUUCCAUGCUCUUUUUCUUUUCAUACGGGUUUUUUAAAAAAAGGCUCUUCAGAAAUCAUUCAUAUAAGAAAAGAUGAUAUAGAUAUUAACAGCAAUUAUGAAAAUUAUAUACCAGAUAAUAUGAAAAUAUCAAUUGUUUUGGAUUCAGCUACAAAAAAGGAUUCUUUGAAUGCAUAUAAAAAACACUUAAAAAGCAAUAACAAAAUUGAUGAUUUAGAAGAAUUAAAAAAAAUUGAAAAAAAAAAUUUUUAUGUUAGAAAUGAAAAUAAAAAUGUAUUAUAUAAACCGCAUGAUGAUCCCAACAAUUUUAUUUCUAUCGAUAAAAAUUACAACUAUUUUGACAAAAUGAGUUCUGAAAAAAAGAAAAAAAAAAGAAUGGAAGGCUAUAAUGUAGAGGAAGAAGAGGAUACAAAAAAAAGAAAAAAUAGUACUGAAUUAAUCAAGAAAAAAAAGAAAGAAAAUGAAGAACAGCAAAUACAAGAACAGGGAGAGCAAGCAUGUGAGCAACUAAAAGAAGCAAAUGAAGAAAAAAAUACUUUAGAAAUUAAUAGUAACAAAAAGUCAGAUUUUAAUUCUAAAAUGCAUUAUAAUGUAUAUACGUUGUACAAUGAAAAAGAAUCAAAAUUAAAAUAUAAUACCACUAACAUAACUCAAUUGUUAACUUCUUUUUUUGGGUUUAAAAGUAAAGAAGAUAAAUUUUCCUUAAAUAAAAAGCAAAAUGUAUGUUCUCUUUUAACAUCAAAAAAAUCCGUAUCUAGUCUAAUUUCUCUAAAAGAUUUUUUACAAAGGCAGUUUGAAGUUAUUACAAAACCAUCAAAAAACUUGUGCAACUUUGUCAAUAAUCAUGUUGUAAAAGUCAAUAUUUCUUUAGUAAAUUCUUUAAAAAAAAUGACUAAAUUACCGAAGUUAAAAAUUCUGUUUUCUUUGAAGAUAUGUAAUAAUGAUUUAAAUAAAGCUCUUAAUUUUAUUUUAUCUGUAUGGGGAUUAAGUAUGUUAAAAAAUGAAAAAUAUAUUAAAUACAAAUCCUCAUUAAAUCAAAUUUCUGAAUCCCAUAGAGAAUUUAAAGCUGUUUUAGACUAUAACAAUGUAAGUAGUAUGCCAUCAGAAGAGUCAACAAAGCAUUUAUAUAAUAUUGAAAAUGCAAGUUACACAAACAUUUCAUAUUAUAGAAAAAUAUAUAAUAAAAGUGUAGAAAAGUUAGAAAAUAAAGAUGUUUUGAAAAUAGAAGAAAAGGAAAAUGAUAAAUUAAGUUCUUCAGAUCAUUCAAAAAAAACUAUUCAAAGUAAAGAGGAAAAGGAGGAAAAAAUAAAAGAAUUAAAAAGGGAAUAUUCAAAUAAAGAUAUUUUUCAGGCCACUACAAGCUCUGAUGGAAUAAAAAUUGCUAAACUUGAAAUGAACAAAUCCGAUUAUGAGAAGAAAGAAGGUGAAAUUAUUAAUAAAAAAAAAUAUGGUUUCUUAAAAAAAGAUAAAGAUAAAUACGAUAUGAAUAAAGAAGAAAUAUCACAAGAUAAGGAAAAAUCAAUAAAUAAUACGAAAAUGAAGGAUGAGCAAUUAAAAAAGGUGGAUCGUAUUACUAAUAAUGAUAGUAUAUUAAAGAGAAUAGGAGAAAGAAAUUUUUUUUAUGCAAAAUUACCAAGUGGAGAAUUAAUUAAAUUAAAAAUUAAAGAUUCUACCCCAUCAAGUUCUCAUGAUAAUAUACCAUUAUUAUUUAUUGAACCUGUAGAUGAAUCGCAACAAAUAACAUAUACAAUGAGUUCAAAGAAAAUUGAAAAAUCAAAUAAAAAAGAAAACAUUGUGGAUAAAGAUAAUUUAAAUAAAAAAUUUUUAAUUAAUGAUAUGACAAAAAUGUACCAACGAUUUAAUGAAAAAAAUAAAACUGAAUCAUUGUUAAGUAUAGUAAGUGAUAGAUCUACCACAUCUACGUAUUCCACACCUGUUAUAGAAGCGUCUCUGUUUUCUAUUUCCAAAUGGAAGGAAGAUGAAAAAAAGAAAAUUGAAGAAAACAGAAUUGAAGAAAAAGAAAUUGAAAAAGAGGAAAUUAAAGAAAAAAGAGUUGAAGAAAAAGAAAUUGAGAAAAAGGAAAUUAAAGAAAAAAGAGUUGAAGAAAAAGAAAUUGAAGAAAAAAGAAUCGAAGAAAAAGAAGUUGAAAGGAAGGAAAUUGAAGAAAAAGAAAGUGAAAAGAGGGAAAUUGAAAAAAAGGAAGCUGAAGAGGAAAAAAUUGAAGAUAAAGAAGGUGAAAAGAGAGAAAUUGAAAAAAAGGAAGCUGAAGAGGAAAAAAUUGAAGAUAAAGAAGGUGAAAAGAGAGGAAUUGAAAAAAAAGAAACCGAAGAAAAAAGAAUUGAAGAAAAGGAAAGUGAAAAGAAGGAAAUUGAAAAAAAAAAAACUGAAGAAAAAAAAAAUGGAGAAAAAGAAGUUGAAAAAAAAGAAUCUGAAGAAAAGGAUAUUGAAAGAAAAGAAUAUAAAUUAGUUAAUGAUAAACAAAAGACAGCUAAUAUUGUUGAAGCAUUACUAAAGAAGUCAAAAGAAAAAAGGCCUCCACCACCACUUCCUCCUUCCUUAUUAAAAGCCUCUUUUUCUAAAGAGAAAAUUGAUAAUAAACCAGAAGAUUCAAAAAAAGAUGCUGCUAUGAAACAAAUGAUUUCUAAAAAUGAACAUACAAAAAGUUCUGGCAAAAAAAUUCCAUGCCCACCUCCGUUUUUUUUAAAUAAAAAUAAUAUGAAAGAUAAAUCGAAAUUUCCCUUAAAAAAAUGCCCACUUAAUUUUUCCUUAAAAAAAUCGGAAAAAAUACCAGAAAAAAGACCAUUAGGGAUUAAACUACAUUGGCAAUUAUUGCCGACUCACAAAAUUGAAGGAACAGUUUUUAACGAAAUAAAACAUCAAGAAGCAAAAUAUAAUUUAAUUGACACGAAAGCAGUUCAUAAAAUAUUUGCAAGAGCAAAAACGGAAAAAAAAGUAAUAAAAAAAAAAGAAUCUGAAGAAAAAAAAAAAAAUUCAGAGGAAAAAUUAAUCACAGUACUAGAUAGAAAUAGAGCUCAAAAUAUUGGCAUAUUAUUAAGAUUUCCCAUGAGUACACAAGAAAUAGUUGAUAAAAUAAAUGUUUUUGAUCUGGAAAAUAUGAAUAUAGAAUUUUUGCAAAAAGUAUUACACAUUUUGCCAACAAAAGAAGAAAGUGAUGGUAUAUUACACAAAUUACAGAAUGAAAAUGUUAAACCAGAGCAAUUUAGAGAUGUUGAAAGAAAACUUAUCCCUUUUGUUUAUUUAGAUAAAUGUCGUCCUAAAUUUGAGAUUUCCUUAUUUUCUUUAAAAUAUGAAAAAAUGAUUAAUGAAAUAAAAAAUGAUUUAGUUAUUUAUGACAAAGCUGUUAAAGAAGUAAGAUCAAGCAUACGAUUAAGAUCUUUACUAAAAGCAGUUUUAAAAUGGGGUAAUUAUGUUAAUUAUGGAAUUAACGAUAAUGAAGAUUUAGUUGCACUAGGGUUUACCUUAUCAUCAGUUUUAAAAUUAAGUGAAUUUAAAUCUUCUAUUGAUAGUUCAAUUACUUCUUUGCAUUAUAUCACCGUUGUCUUAUGUAUGUAUCUGCCCAAUUUAAAUAUGAAUUGGUUAGAAAAUGAUUUAGAAUCAGUGCUAGUCGCAUCGAAAAUGUCUUCAGAAGCUGUUGAUAUUCUUUUAAUAUCUUUAGAUAAAGAAAUAAAUUAUAUUAAAACUCAACUGAAAUCCAAUUACGAAGGUAUUUUUAAAGAAAAAAUGGUAAUUAUAUUAGAAGAUAGUGAAAAAAAAUUUAUUAAAGUUCAAAAGAUGUAUGAAGAAACAAAAAAAUGUGUAUACGAUUUGAGCAUUUAUUUAGGAGAGGAAAUUUCAAAAAGUGGUAAUUUAGAAAACAUUUUUAUAAUAUUGUCAUCUAUUGUCGAUAAUUUUACAAAAUGCUACAAAGAUAUUUUAUCCAACCCCAAAAAAUAUUCCAUUUUAUUAAAUGAUCCAAAUUUAUUAGAUGAUUAUUAUAAUGUUUUUAGUAAAAAAAAAAAUAAUCCAAAAUUUUCCUCUGUAUUAAAAAAGACAGUUUCAAAAAAUGAAGUUUUAAAACCAGAAAAAAGUGAUUGUAAAUUAAAAAUUAACAAAUCUAAAAGUAAUUCUAAAAAAAAUGAUAACAGUAAAAGUUCAAUGUUUCAGCUUAGAACUCAGCUUCUUAAAGACAUACAAAAUAAGGCUACUAUAAGAAAUUCAAAUCAGAAUUUUACUAAUUGCAAUAUAGAAACUUUGGAUAAUCAAAACUGUAAAGAAAACAUAUCAAAAAAUAUUAUAGAAAAGGAAGAAGGUAAUGAUAAAAGUAAAGAAGUAUAUAUAGAAAAUGAUAAUAAUAAAUUAAACGAAAGUAAAAAUACUGAUGAUAAAAUAAAUAACAGCAACAGUAUUGAUGAUAAAAUAAAUAAAAAUAAUGAUACUGAAAAUAAUAUAAAUAUAAAUAUAAAUAAAAAUAAUAAUACUGAUAAUAAAAUAAAUGAAAAUCAAAAUAAUGAUACUGAUAAUAAAAUAAAUGAAAAUAAAGAUAAUGAUAUUAAAAAUAAUAUAAAUAUAAAUAAAAAUAAUGAUACUGAAAAUAAUAUAAAUAAAAAUAAUGAUAUUGAUAAUAAAAUAAAUGAAAAUAAAAAAUUAGAUAUAAAAUAA